CUGACAGUGAACACCAUGAAUGAAGCCCAAGGCAGUACAAAUAGAUUAUAUUCGCGGUAGAAGGCCACUUUCUAGCGAAGCUGCAAUUCCUUGCGGUUAUGUAAUUGAAUAUGAAGAUGUCUUAUGUUGCCGUCAUCAAAGUCUCCAAAACGCUGUAAAGCUAUCGUUUUGUACUUAGUCCUAAAAUCUGGCUUAGAGAUCCCUUCAUUACAUUGUCUCGCUUCGUCCGGGUAGGAGACAUCUCGAUCCACCACUCCUAUAGCGCGAGUAGGACCAUUCAAUUCUUCAUUUUUCGCGGCAUGUUAUUGCCAAAUUGGCUGCGCACUCGUAUGGCAUAUCGUACUGAUGUAUUACGCAUUCAAUAUGAACAAGGCACUCGCAAUGUAAAUCACGCCGAUGUAUGUGUACUAUUUACAAAAGUAAUUGAGGAACUAUCCAGUUAACAUUUUGGUUAUGCGCAAACCUGUUUUGAUAUCUUAUCAAUCGGUAUCAAUAUCAAUAUUCAUUAUUCAUUUUAUAAAAGCUUUAACCGGUAAGUUGUUAAGCAUAGGCUCUCAGUGUUUCUAUUUCCGAUAUUUCUAUUUUUAUUCAAACACAUUCGGAUAAAAACAAUCACUGAUGGUUAUAAUUUUCCAUUUUGUAUAUUAAAGGGCUGACUGCACAUACGUAUAUAAAUUUAAAGCCGAAGUGGAGAAUGAGCGCGUGAGGCUUGUAGAGAUGAUGAAAUGCUAUCAAUCAGAGGCUCAGGGACACAUUGAUUCACAACAGCAACGCGCUCUUCUAACGCAACAAAAUGCUAAUCAUUGGGAGGAGAUAGUUCUAGAAAAGCAUCAGGCCGCUUUUCAAAAUACCCAACUUCAAACUCAGGCAUUGAAUGAGAUCAACAACAUGAAGCAGACUAAGGCAAUGUUGACGCAAGAUAUUGAAGAUUUGAAGAACAAGAAAAGAAGCAUUUGCGACGAAAUCAUGGGACUGCCCCAGUUUCUCACACAGCAAAAAGUGAUAUCUGAUAAAGUCUGUGCUUUUACAAUGUCAAUCCGAACUCAGACUGCCAAACACCUGCGCGAUAUGUUGGCACAAAUGUCAAAGCGGUCGGCUGAAGAACUGGACGAUGCGGCUGCAGUUAAACGUCGUCGAGUUGAUCCGAUGGAUCUAUGCCCAUAAAUAAACAAAC